GUGUAUCUAGGACUACUCGGUGCUCAGAGAAACUUUGACACAGGGGCGCUUGCUCGAAGCAGAGAAUCAAAGGUCGACUAUCUCUCACGCAUAAGGACUUUCUUUCUGCUCAUCGAAGCUAGCAUUUCGACAGUAUGAACAAGAUGUUCCUCCGCCACAUCCUCAUUCGAAUCGCCAUUGCCGCAGCGCUGUUGAAGAUCUUCAGCAUCUUCAGGCGCCAACAUACCUUCCAGGCAUACAUUGAGCGCCGCAAGAUCACCUUCGACGACUUCCCUGAGUCCUACGCUAAGGCUCUGAACGAUUCCGUAGCGCGAAAUGAGCAACCUCUGGAGUCCGACUACGUCUCUACAUACACCGGGUCUAAGAUUCCGCGCACAAUACACUACAUAUGGUUUGACAGAAUCUAUCCAAAUCAUGAAGGCUCUAGUGGAGGCCCAUCCAUUGGAUUCGGAUCGCCCAAACUCUGUCGAGAGCACAACCCGAGCUACGAAAUCCGCAUGUGGAAUGCAACGAGCGCUCGCGAGUUUCUGUCCACCGAAUACGCCUGGUUCCUACCGACAUACGAUGGUUACAGAUAUCCUAUCCAAAAGGUUGACGCCUUGAAGUACUUCGCCCUCUACCACUUCGGCGGCGUGUACAUGGACCUAGAUGUCGCAUGCCGACGAUCACUAGAUCCGUUGCUAGACUUCCCAGCCUGGUUCCCAGAAGCAUCGCCACUGGGCGUCAACAACGACUUGAUGGCAUCGGCGGCAAAGCACCCGGUCGUGAAGAAGAUGACAGAAGGCCUCGUCACACACAACUGGAAUCUACUUUUCCCGUACCUCACAAUCUUCUGGACAACUGGACCGCAAUUUACGAGCACAAUCUUGCAAGAAUGGUUCGAGGAGUGUCUUAAUGGGCAAUGUAAACAGCGGAAGGCACGGAAUGAUCUUGACCCCACCUCCUUCCUCGUUCUACCGCGAAUCUUCUACUCGGAAGAGUACACCUUCUUCGGCCACAAACCCGGCGGUUCAUGGCAUGGCUCGGAUGUCGCUGUGGUGUUGUGGUUUGUUGAUCGGCCAUGGGCAAUAGUAAGUGUUGCUGCGGCUUUGAUCGGAAUGGUCGGUGGUAUUACUAGAGUGAGGAGGAUAAGAGCUCGCCAGCGAGUGAAACGUGAUAGUCCAUUCGUUUAGAGGGAUUGAGCUAUGCAAAUACCAUAUGCUGUUCCAUGAACCACCAGAUUCUGGCCCAUGUUUAUGGUCAUGCUGGCGAUUGUUGCCCACGUGCUGUGUGGUCAUGGCAAGCUGAGUCGUGCAAAAGCCCCGUCUGAAUCACCAACGGAACACGGAGAGCAA